UCUCCUCUGGCGGUGCCGUCCUGGGGUUCCUCGGUUCUGACAGCGGGCUGGAGGACUUGAGCUCGGUGAAUGCGGACCUGGGCUCGGACCGAGCGGGCACACGCAGCCGGACGGCCCGGGAGCCCCGCAGACCCGUAGGGAGCCCCGCAGACCCGACUGGCAGCUGCUCUGUAUGAAGACACUUGUGGCAUGAAAGCGCAGCCCAUACAUCAGUCAUUCAUCAUUUCCUCCUCCAUCUCCCUUCAUCACUCUCCAGUAAGGAACUCUCGCACCAGCUUCACCGCAUUGAUGAGGUAACGUCAAGCUCCCCGCACCGCAGCGCCCCCCCCUGCUCGAACGCUCCCCUACACCAACCCAUCCUUCUGCCAGCCCUUCCACCGCAGCCAUGGGCCAGAAGAUUUCUGGUAGUAUUAAAUCAGUGGAUAGCCGCGGCGAGAGCGGCGGCUCCCCGUCGUACCGCCCCACGGCUCAUCGUCGGCAGCACCUGGAGUUAAGGGGGCCAGAUUUUUCCAAGCCUCCCAGGUUGGAUCUCCUACUGGACAUGCCAUGCGCUGGACCGGAGACCCAGAUCCGUCACGCCUGGAACCCUGAAGACCGCUCACUUAACAUCUUCAUCAAGGAUGAUGACAAAUUGACAUUUCACCGCCAUCCCGUUGCUCAAAGCACAGACUGCAUCAGGGGACGGGUGGGAUACACGCGUGGUCUCCACGUGUGGAAAAUCCACUGGCCCAUCCGGCAGCGGGGCACUCACGCCGUGGUUGGCGUGGCAACCGGGGAAGCCUCUCUACAUUCUGUUGGCUACACAGCAUUAGUGGGUUCAGACUGUGAGUCCUGGGGCUGGGAUCUGGGGCGUAACAGGCUCUACCACGACAGUAAGAACCGGGCCCACGGCCUGACACCCUCAUACCCUUGUUUUCUGGAGCCCGAGGAGUCAUUCACCUUACCAGACUCUCUAUUAGUGGUUCUGGACAUGGAUGAAGGAACACUAAGCUUUAUGGUAGAUGGACAGUAUCUAGGAGUAGCAUUUCGAGGCCUCAAAGGAAAGAAGCUGUAUCCCGUCGUAAGCGCUGUGUGGGGACAUUGUGAGAUAUCCAUGAAGUACAUCAACGGCUUGGAUCCCGAGCCGUUGCCUCUGAUGGACCUGUGUCGACGGGCAGCCCGCCUGGCGCUGGGCCGGGACCGACUUCAAGAGAUCGAGAGCCUUCCUCUGCCUCAGUCCCUCAAAAAUUACCUCCAGUACCAAUGACUGACACCAGUGAGACCAGCUGGAACUACAGGGCACACGCCAGGUCACCGGGGAGUCUGUAGACCAAUGAUAAACGGAUGAAUCUAACGACUGACGGAGGGGGUGACUGACUGAAGGAUGCCCACUCUGGGAGCAACGUGCCUCACGUGGAUCUGUGGAAGGACAGAUGCUAUGAUGGUGGAUGAACUGACAGGGGCUCAGGCUUUCAAACAAAACAAUUGGAUAGAACCAGCUUCAUUUUUUUAAAUUUUAUUUCAAACUGCUUUUAAAUUUGGACUUGAAAGAAAUUAUCGACGACAGUGUCCCACCAGUUUCUCACUCAUCCACGGUGAAAGCUCAUCCUCAGAUGGCACAGUGUGGUUAACUGGCGGUUGCGACAGCUGUAAACAACUACUGCCACCUGUUGGCAGGAGCAGGAACAGCACAGAGUAAGCACACUAAUCCCAUCCACGGAGGCCUUUCUGACACACAGUCAGGGACCAUAUCAUUGCUGCAGGCGUCUGCUCGUCGUCUCCGCCGGCACAGGUGGCCGGCUGCAGAGUUCAUGCCACCGAGGAGAUUUUAGCACUGAUGUUGUUUUUGUAUGAACGCCUCGGGGCCGGUCCACAUGCUCACGCUGCAUACAGAGCACAUCAAGACAUGGUAGUGAGGUAAUAUAUCUGCUGGUUUUAUGUAAACACUCGCUGAGAGCCAGGCCUUGUGCAGGCAAACAUCACUAUUGAUCUGCCUGUUUCAGUAGCAGCUCUUUUCCAUGUUCAUACCUAAUUGACUGUACUCUGUGAUGCAUGCAUGGAAUUUGGUACCUGAUGGAGUAGUGAGUCUCAGAAUGAAGCAAAACCCCUUUUUUUUAAUUCCAGGUGAGAAGUAAUGAUCACUGUUAGUGUUUACACAUUAUCACUGAUUAUAACAUCCCAGCAGUGACAGUGAACUACAAGGUACAAGUGCAGCAAUGUUGAACGAAAUGUGACGAAUUCUAGAGGUUCUAAUGAUAAUUGUUAAUUUGCUCAUUUUUAACUGUUUUCGUCUGUAUCAUUUUGUGUAACAUAACAUUUUCCAAAUUGUUGUGAGAUGAUUUGAGCAAUCUGUGAACAUAUUGUGCACAAAAUGAGGCAUAAAAGACGAGCCUGCUGCAGUUCGUACAUGGAGUCACACUUGUGUCCUGUGGAAAUGUUUUGCCAUCGGGACUUUUCCACGAUGAGACUGGCGUCUCAAAGCUUCUUUAUUUAAUCACCAGGCAGGACGAGCCUGCUGGUGUUUUGUGGAGUAUUGUUUUACAGAACAGGGACCAUUCCUCACAAGACACUAACUCAUCUUUGAUGAUGUCAACUUGCAACCAAAGUAUUUCAUAUUAAGCUCUACAGUGUGCACCCGUGUCCUAGACCUGUGGGCCGCCGUCCCGCCGACCCGCCGGGCCACUCGUGCUGUUGGCUCAGAGAGACGCCUGCUGUUGUUUGUAGCACCCUGCUGUAGCUCACUGGUGGCAGACAGCGUGCGUCUGCUUUCCACUCAACCGUCUUAAUGACCAUAAAUGACAAACUAGUACCCUCCAGCGAGUCUUGAGCAGAUCCAGUGCUCAGCGGAUCUGAGAGAAGCAAGCAGGAUGUCUGAACAUUUCUGCAACUGUAGCAGCAGUGUUGGGUCAGGAUAGGAUACUGAUGAGCACUGCACGACCACGCCUAUGUGCACACAUGCACCCUGAAGACCAAUCAUGUUUUAUUUCCUACGGAUGACUUGAGUCACUUUUUAAAAAAUAAUUUAUGCUUUUAUCCUCCAUUAUUAUAAUAAUUAUUCUUAUUGUGAGUAUGGGGUCUGGAUUUUUUUGAUGAUAGAAUGACGGCGGCGUUUAUUUAUCACAAACUAGUUUAGUUCUGUGUUUGUUAAACUGAUCCGUGACGGAUCAUUCAUAAUUCAUUCAUAAAUUUAGUACAAAGAUGCUGGUGAUGAAGGGAGACAGAAAUCAACUUGUUUCUUCAAUGCUGCUUUUUAUAUUUACAUUAUUAUUAUUAUGAUUAAUUAUUAUUAUUAUUAUCAUUUGCAAUGGUGGUGGUCUUGUCUCCUGUUUUUAUCAUUUAGCAUGAGGAGAGAAGGACCUUUUAUUUCUGAAAGUAGUGGAAUGUAUGGACAGACGGUGCAGCUGAGAUGUCAAGACGUAUGAAAUGUGAAUAAAA